AUGACUGAACAGGGUCUUGCAAGUGAGAAUCUCAGGAAGUUAAUAUCAGGUGAUGACUCAGGCACUAAGGUUGGUGAUGCCAAUAAAAUAGCAGAUGCACUUCUCCACAGUGUGUACGGUUCCAAGCUGAGAAAACCAAUUGAUAAAAUAAUUGCAGACCAUGGUCUAUACACUCCAUUUUACAUGAACAACAAUCCUAUGUACAUCCUCACACUCCCACAAUCAGAUGAGAUUAUGACUGCCCAAGGAGGUGAAGCUAAGGGUAAUUAUAAACUGGACAAUCUUGAGCUAGAAUACGAGACCAUUGAGAAUGACGCCCUUGCAAGUGAAGUGUCAAGGAUGUAUUCACGGGUCGCUCACUGUCCUACAAACACGUCACACUUAUGCGCACAAGUAAUUGGGACAAGGAUCUUACCAUUGUGA